GUUCAUUUAUUGUCCUGUCAUUUGUCAUUUUUAAUUUCAGAAGUAAGCUCUUAAUCCGUUUGUGCAAAGAUGGAAGAAAUUGAAAAAGAAAAAGUAACAGCGCUUCACUCGCAAUUGCUUGUCACGACAAUAUUCCACCCUAUGGAAUAUGCAAAAAUUCUUAUUCAGCUUGGAUACGAGCCGUUGCCACCACGCCGGUCGACUACUUUAUUUGGUCGCCCUGCUAUGAUAUUACCUAAUGUGUUCCAAUAUAUAAAAUUUAUCAAAGCAUCAGACGGCUACUUCGGCUGCUACAGGGGCCUAUCGGCGCGGAUCCUUGGGUUAAUAGCAUCAAGCCAACUCUCAUCUAAGGUAAUCAAAGUGUGCGGCAUUGACUUGCCUGAAAUUAGCGACCCACCGAAUAUUAUAACUGACGAUGAGCCUAAGUUAGAGGACUACGUGAAAAUGGGUCGUCGUGAUAUGAUUAUGCACACUGCCUCCGUUAUAGUGUCGUAUCCCUUCCAUGUUGUCUCUGUAAGAAUGAUGGCUUCUUUUAUUGGGAAAGAAGAGGACUAUAACACAUUGCUUGGAACUAUAGUAUCUAUUUACAAGGAUGAUGGCAUACUUGGUUUCUUCCAUGGAUUGAUUCCAAAACUACUGGGAGAUUUGACUUGCAUAGCAGUGACAGGAGUACUGGCAUACUAUGUCAAUAAGUAUUUUGUGAAAACUAAAGACCUCCGUUAUUAUACUGUACCAAUACUUACAUUCAUAACUAGCACUCUAACAUAUCCUCUUGUGGUGGUAUCUACUUGUAUGGCUGUGGCAGGAUCGAGCCUCAAAGCAGGCAAUCCUCCCGCAAUGCCAAAGUAUACAUCCUGGCAAGUGUGCUGGAGAGACCUGCUCCGAAACAAGCAACAUAAGCGUGGUUCCUCACUAAUCUUCAGGUACUAUAUAGCACCGAUUGCAGCUAUGCAGUAAUUGCAGGAAUAUGAAUAUAACAUUGCAUUUAUCUGUGUGUUUAUUUGCUUAAGUGUUAUCCACAAUCACCAAGUAGAGAUUCAACUU